AUGACGAAUGAAAAAUCGAAAAGUGGAUGUUUUACCCUGGUCUUACUGGGGACAAAAGGUGCUGGGAAGAGUUCAACAGGAAACACAAUACUGGGGCGACGAGCUUUCACAACAGAGACAGAUUCCACUUCAGUCACACGAGAUGUUGCUGUUGAAUCUGGAAUUGUUGAUGAGCUUUCAGUCACUGUUUAUGACACACCAGGAUUCUGUGACACAGACAUGAAUGAAGAUGAGAAGCAGCGUUUUAUAAAUGAAAAGGAAUGUGACUUAGGUCCUUGUGCAUUUAUCCUGGUCCUCAGAGCUGACAGAUUCACUGAAGAAGAGAGAGAAACUGUGGAAAAGAUUGAGAAGCUGUUAGGAGAAGAGCGCUUGAAGAAAACCUGUAUCAUCUUCACCAGAGGAGACGAACUGGAAGACAGAAACAUGACAAUACAAGAAUUCAUCAAUGAGAAUGAAGCACUGAAGAAACUUAUUCAGAAAUAUGAUCAGAGAUACCAUGUGUUCAACAACAAGAAAGGACCUACUAAAAUGCAAGUUAAACUUCUAUUCAUACAAAUGAUCCAGGACUCUUUGGGGUUAAAGGCAUCAGAAGGAGGAAGACUAACCAGACAACAGACAGCUGCUGACAGUGGUUCAUCCAGAAGGAUUGUUCUUCUGGGUAAAACUGGUGCUGGGAAAAGUUCAGCUGGAAACACAAUCCUGGGAGAGAAUGUGUUUAAAUCUGCAAAGAAAAUGCGUUCAGUAACCAGUCAAUGUUCAGAUAAACACACCACUGUUUCAGGCAGAUCAGUGUCUGUAGUUGAUACUCCUGGAUUCUUUGACACACACAUGCAACAUGGAGAUUUAGUGAAAGAGAUAGCGAGAAGUGUUUAUUUAUCCAGUCCUGGACCUCACGCUCUUCUCAUUGUGUUUCCUGUGGAUAGAUUCACUCAGCAGGAGGAGGAGAUUCCUCAGCAGAUUAAGGUGAUGUUUGGUGAGGAGGUGUUAAAAUACUCCAUCAUUCUCUUCACUCAUGGAGAUCAGCUAGAAGAGACCAUAGAGGAUGAAAUUAAGAAGAACAGUAUAUUAAGACAAGUAGUUCAGCAGUGUGGAGGCAGAUUUCACGUCUUUGAUAAUAAAGAUGAGAAUAACAGAGAGCAGGUGAAUGAUCUGCUGCAGAUGAUUGACACAAUGAUAAAGCAGAAUGGAGGAGGAUAUUACAGUAAUCAGAUGUUUGCAGAUGCUCAGAGAUUCAGACAAGAGAAGGAAGAGAGGGAAUUUCUUGAGCAGUUUGAGCAUAAAUACCCCACCUCAGCAUCUGUAUCUGCGAACGCAACUUUAGGAUCAGUAUUUGGUGGGAUUCUUGGUGGAUUUCUUGGACUCUGUCUUGGUCCUCUUGGUGCAGCUGCUGGUGCAGCUGCUGGUGCAGCUCUUGGUGCAACUGUGUGCAGCAUCAUGUAA